AUGUAUAUAAAUGCAUCUUCUGAGAUAUCACUAAAACUGGCAACAUUGGGCUUAUCAACUACUACUAUUUAUCCUGCGUUUGUAUUUGGAACAUUUACCUAUCUUAUUAUUGUCUUUUGUAAUAUGUUGGUAUUAGUAGCUAUUGCUGUGAGUAAAAAGCUACAUAAGCCCAUGUUUAUCCUGCUGUUCAACUUGCCUAUUAGUGACAUGGUGGGUGCUACAGCUUUUUUCCCUCAGCUUGUUUACAGCAUUGUGACACAGAACAGACUGAUUUCCUAUCCUGCAUGUGUAACUCAGGCUUUUCUGAUUCAUUUUUAUGGUACAGGAAACUUGCUGAUCUUGAGUGCCAUGGCAUAUGACAGAUACAUUGCUAUUUGUUGCCCUUUAAGGUAUAAUGCUAUCAUGAAUCCACAUAAUUUAAUUAGGAUUAUUAUUUUAAUAUGGCUCAUAAGUUUCUCACUCAUGAUCACACUCAUUCUUUUGCUUGUGCGGUUUAAAAUUUGCAGGACGAAUAUAGUGGAUUUGUACUGUAACAAUCCAUCACUACUUAAACUGGUCUGUGAGGACACUAGAGUGAACAACUUCUAUGGGUUUGCUGGUAUAGUCUUUCUUCAAGGUGGACCACUGUUAAUAAUAAUAUACACAUACGCGCAGAUUUUGCAUACCUGCAUUAUGACUAACCAGCCAGAUGCCCGCAGAAAAGCCAUUCAGACAUGUGGUACACAUUUAGUUGUUUUCUUAAUCCUACAACUCAAUACCAUGGUUACACUUAUCGCUCAUCGUAUUGAGAGUGCAUCCCCGUACAUGAGAAGGGCUCUUGGUGUCUCAGUUUUAGUAUUUCCCCCUGUUUUGGAUCCGAUUAUUUAUGGACUGAAAAUUACAGAACUCAAGCAGAACAUCAUAACGUUUCUCAAAAGAAAUGUAGGGUCAACAAAGAUGUAACCAGUUUGUGAAUUUGGUUACAACAUGA